AUGGUGGAUGAAGCUGCAGAUAGUCUGGACAAGUUGGUUGUUCAAACUGCUUCAGAAGAGAACAUAUUACCUUCCUCUCCGACGCCAGACCACUUGAGAAUAUUUAAGCUCUCUGUUCUUGACCAAAUUAUAUUUAAUUUUUACAUUCCUUUAACUUUGUUCUACCUCAACAAUAACACCAGCGAUCUGAGUUCAGUCAUUUUGAACAGAUCAAAAAUCCUUAAGCACGCAUUGUCCAAAACCUUAUCCCGGUUUUAUCCCCUUGCUGGAAAGAUAAAAGAUACUCACCACAUAGAGUGUAACGACGAAGGAGUUUACUAUAUACAGACACAAGUAAACACACAUCUCACAGAUUUUCUCGGUCAAUCUCCAGGUCCAGGAAAUGAGAUACUCAGCCUACUUGUUCCCCAAAAUGCCAAGGAAUCAGCAAAAGGAAGUUAUGUUCUCAUGAUUCAGGAAAACGUCUUCAGUUGUGGUGGAGUUGCUAUUUGUGCGUGCAUCAAUCACAAAUAUGUCGAUGGAGACACAUAUACGUUGUUCUUAAGGCAUUGGGUAGCUGCAGCCCGAGGAUCUGCAGAGACAACUUAUCCAAGUUUCCCUGCACCAACAUUGUUUCCUCAAAUUUCUUCUCUCAAUUUUCCUAAUCCGGAUUGGUUUGGAAAAUCCGAGUUUGUGUCUCAAAGAUUUGUGUUUGACAGCUCACAUUUAGCAGCACUCAAGUCGAAAGCAAUGAGUUCUACAUCAGAAACUGCACCAACUCGAUUUGAAGUUGUAGCAGCCUUGUUAUGGAAAUGUUAUGCUAAAGCUGCUUACAAGUUGAGCAAUAACUCUCUGGAGAAGCCUUUUGUUUUAGGCAUGUUGAUCAAUCUUCGAGGAAAGAACUGCAUUCCAAAAAAUGCUGUAGGAAAUCUCGUUUGGACUGGAUUAGCAGAAUGCAAGCUUGUUACAGAUCUAGACGAUAAUUUCAUAGUAAGUCAAAUACAGAAAAGCAAGGCAGAAAUCAACGACGACUUUUUUGAAGUUCUAAAGGGAGAUACUGGACUUGCCACAAUUCUUCAUUAUACAGAAAUGAUUAUGAAAUCUCAAGAAGUAUGUUUUCCACUUCUGAUCACUAGCAUGUGUAAUAUGGGCGUUUAUGAACAUGAUUUUGGAGAGGGGAAACCGACAUGGUUCUAUUACGGAAAUGUGAAUUUGGUGAAUUUCAUCUCUUUGUGUGAGACAAGAGUAGGUGGUGGCUUGGAAGCAGUGGUGUCCUUGAAGAAAGAAGAAAUGGCCAUCUUCGAGAAUGAUCCUGAAUUGCUCGCCUUCACUACCCUCAACCCUGCUCCUCUGUGA